UCUUCUGGGAAAUUAUGCGUCUUGACUCUUUGAUGAUCAAAAUCGUACCCAGGCAGCAAGUCAUCACUAUUUUAACAAACUUCUGAUAAAAUCUUCUGCCAGUCACUCUCCUCUCCCCUCCCCUUUUCAUGAUCUGGGUGUUGUUGAUUUUUGAUUUCUUGUCUCAAAUCACUGAUUUUCCGCUCUUUACUUCGAGUGAUUCAUGGGAUUCACGAGAUUCAGUUGUGUGACCAUUCUGCUUCUCUUGGUGGCCUCAUCGCAUGCAGUUCAGGGCAGCUACGACCAGGGCUACGCAAAAUCGAUUCUGAGCUCGGCCAGGAGAGAAAAAAAUUGGCUAGUCUCGAUAAGAAGGAAAAUCCAUGAAAACCCAGAACUUAGAUUCGAAGAACACAACACCAGUGCCCUGGUUCGGAGAGAGCUCGACAGGCUUGGCAUCUCCUAUGCUUACCCACUAGCCAAAACGGGUUUGGUUGCCCAAAUUGGCUCUGGUUCUCGCCCCGUCGUUGCUCUUCGUGCCGAUAUGGAUGCCCUUCCUUUGCAGGAGCUAGUUGAGUGGGAGCAUAAGAGCAAAAUAGAAGGGAAGAUGCACGGAUGUGGACACGAUGCUCAUACAACGAUGCUGCUUGGUGCUGCUAAGUUGCUCCAUGAAAGGAAGGAUUUUCUUAAGGGAACUGUGAGACUUAUUUUUCAACCUGCCGAGGAGGGUGGUGCUGGUGCAGCUUACAUGAUGAAGGAAGGUGCUCUUGGUGAUGCUGAGGCAAUUUUUGGGCUGCACAUUGAUGCUAAAAGACCCACAGGAAACAUUGCAACUAUUUCUGGACCUUUUCUAGCUGCUGUAUCCUUCUUUGAAGCAAGGAUAGAAGGAAUUGGCGGGCAUGCUGCAGAACCGCACACUAGUGUGGAUCCGAUACUUGCUGCAUCAUUUGCAAUUUUGGCAUUGCAACAGCUCAUCUCGAGAGAAGUAGAUCCCCUCGAAAGUCAAGUACUAUCUGUUACUUAUGUCAGAGGUGGAACAACAUGGAACGUUAUCCCACCAUAUGUAGAAAUAGGGGGCACUUUAAGGAGUCUUACAACGGAAGGUUUGAACACACUUCAACGUAGGGUCAAAGAGGUCAUUGAAGGACAGGCAGCUGUACAAAGAUGUACUGCACAAGUUGCUGUGAACUAUGACGAACACCCUCCAUAUCCAGCUUGCGUGAAUGAUGAGCGUUUGCAUGAGCAUGUGAAGAAAGUUGGAGAGCUCGUACUGGGUCCUGAGAAUGUCAAGCCGGGCAACAAGGUGAUGGCAGGCGAGGAUUUUGCAUUCUACCAAGAAGCGAUUCCCGGGUUCAUGUUUAGUAUUGGAAUAAGAAACGAAGAGCUAGGCUCGGUUCACUUGCCACAUUCCCCAUACUUCUUUCUCGACGAGGAUGUGCUUCCAAUCGGGGCCACUCUACUCACUGCCAUUGCUGAGACAUAUCUAAAUGAUCAUCAAGAAUCCGUUUUGCAGUAAGGAUUUCUCAGCCAAAGUUGGAUGAAAUUACAUGUAAUUCCACAAUAGUAAUGGGAUAAAGUUUCAGAAUGUAUAAUAAACAUGAACAAAAUUUGGUGUUUGUAACGUUGUGACAGACUUGAUGCUUGUACAUUUAUUGUUGACCAUUUCCUUUUCUUUACAAAGGCCUUUCAAUCAACUAUCCCAUUUACCCA